AUGAGCAGGUCACCCUCUCUUACCCCGUCAGACGCAGAGCUUCUCGAAGAUCUUCCAGACUCAUUUGAUUAUGCAGCUCAUCGAGAAAAACGGCUACAAGAGCUCGCCGAGGAGAUGGCGCGGGUCCGAGAACUGCAGGCUGAGGGGAAUGUGGGAAGGGUCGUCACCUUGACAGAGGAGCAGGAGUUGGUUCAACGUAUAGCCAAGUCCAGAUACUGUCUUGUCCACUUCUUCCAUCCCUCAUUUCCCAAGUGCAAAACUAUGGAUAGUCGUCUUGCUCAACUAGCCCCCAGAUAUCGGAAUACAAUCUUCCUCCGAGCAUCAGUAGCGGACACCCCCUUCUUUGUCGGCAAAUUCGGUAUACAGGUCUUGCCAUGUGUUCUGGCCUUCAUGGAUGGACAGUUGCGGGAUCGGCUGAUAGGGUUUGAAGAGUUGGGAAAUAGUGAUAGUUUUUCCCUUUCAACCUUAGAGUUCCGAUUGAAACAUACAGGAGUGCUCAUUACAACCGAGGAGAUACGUCAGAGAAUAGUGGGAGACGAAACGAAAGAUGGUAGCGACUCUGACGACGAACGGCAGAGAAGGGAAACACGAAGAGGAAAAACAGGGAUUCGAAAUGGUAUGGCCUCCACUGGCUUGGGUUAUGACGAUUGA